ACCACUGCUCGUAUUUUUCUUUCUCGUCUUAUCGUACACGAACAUCGAAGCUCUAAAUGGGAACCUUGUGUGGUAGUUAAAGAAGAGGAAAAGGGCCACCUGCUGCUGGUCCUGCAGGUGCGCUUUUCCGUCCCGUGCAAGGCUGAAGAAAUUGUGGGUUGAAGCAAAAUCAUGUCCGGACAAGGAGGCUACCCCCCUCAGCAGCAACCCGGUCAAUACCCGCCUUACAACCCCUACAAUCAGAACCAACCUCAGGGAGGUCAACCCCAGUACCAACAGCCUCCGCAGCAACAGCCACCGCUACCUGGUUCCGGCCCAGGGGACCCUGGAGACGCGGAUGCGCCAGAUGCUACGCCCCCUCAAGCACAAACUCCCCCACAGCAACAGUACCGAGAAGAGACGGCUGAGGAAGCUGCAGAGAGACACAGACGCUUCGAGGAGAUGCGCGACAGGCAUUACUCCGAUGAAUUUGUCAGCCGUUCGGAAAUGCCUCCGCCUUGAUUAGGCCAAGAAACAAGGCACGGAAAUCAAGUACCACUCCAUGCUUCCCCUCAAGCUUCGAUUUGCACUGUGCACAACUUGCUUCAUUACUGACAGAUAAAGCGUUCCUCCGUGUUUA